GAAUAAAUAUUUUAGGAUUCAAGAGUAUUUUUGCCACUACGCAAAAUGAAUCCCUACGAGGAGGCACUACAUCAACUGGUGGACCACAUGUUGGCUGAAAAGAAUUGCAAAGUGGGGAAUCAGUCAGUGUCUGAUAAGCUUGUCGAGCUGCUGCAAAACAAACUGCGCGAGAUAGCGGUAACCACCUCGAUAGGCGCCAAUCUUGCCAGUCGAGCCACGCCCUGCUACUUUGAUGUGGAGCGCACAUUUCGGCUGCACCGCAUUCAUGCUGCUGACCUGUGGAAUGUGCGCAACACCAAGCCUAAGAGACCAAUGCGCUCAGUGGUCCUGAAUCGAUGGCCACUGGAGACGGACGACGAUGAUAUCCAUCGCAUGCCACUUGUGCAUCUGAGUCAGUUGCGAGGUAUGCGCAAUGAGCGCCACAUACCCAAAUAUAUGGUGCCUUUUCCCGGCCUGCAUGCCUACAGGCAGACGCCAUUUGACAUCUGCAAGGACAACAGCUAUGCCACGAAGCGGGAGCGGCGAGCCCAGCUUCAUUUGGAUGCUCAAAAUGCGCUUUAUGGAUUGUCGAUGCGCAGGCAGCCAAACAUUUCGCUGUUGAGCGAGUCCACGCAGGAUACAACAUUUUUAUUGCCCGCUGCGAGGAUGCCAGAUUUGCCUGCCUUUUUGGACGCACUAAUGCCACGCGAUCAAGGCCAUGAUGGGAAUGUCCUUGAGGACAAUGAACCAGAAAAUGAAAAUGCACUUAGCAAUCCAUUUCUAAGAGCGCCAGUAGGUCCACAAAAUCUUGAAGAAAAUCCUUUGAAUAAUGAUUUUGAGUUGAAUUCAAAUGAUUGUGAAGCAACAGAAUAUAAGAAAGUGGAGACCAAAAAAGGGGAAGUUGACGGAGAGGUAGUUGAAGAAGACAAAUUGGCCGAAAAGGAAUCUGGCGAAGAAAAAUUAAUGCAAGAAAAAGUUGAAGGGACAAUUGAAGAAGAGGAAGUUGAAGAACAGGAAGCUGAAGAAGAGGAAGUUGGAGGACAGAAAGUUGAGGAAGAGGAAGUUGAAGAAGAAGAUCAAGAAAGUGAAGAUGAAGAUGAAGACGAAGAUGAAGAAGAUAAUGAAGAAGCGGAAUGGCAGAAUUAUAAAGAUAAGGAAGUUGAAGAAGAGGAAUUUGCAGGAUAUUGGCCUAAUUGUGAAUAUAACGAUGAUUCCUAAUAAAAUAAGCAGCUAUGCUUAUAAAUG